CAUACCAGAAGGAUGUGAUUCUAAGUGUAUCUGUUUUUUUAUUUUAUUACAAGGCAGGAUGACUCCUCAGUAUAGCCUCCUCUUAGUUUUAGCGGCCACUUCUUUAGUUUUUGUGAAAGCUUUACCUCCUGGAAGACGGGGACCAAUGCUACGGCCUGGUCCUGCGCCAGAGCCUAUGCCAAUGGGAAAUCAAAUGGCAAGACCUGAACCAAUGCCCAUGGGUGCAAUGGGAGGUCCUUCACAAAGAAUGCCGAUGGGGGCAGCACCUAUGCCAAUGAGAAUGAUGCCCAUGACGAUGAACAUGCGCAAAGGUGCCAUGGGACAAAUGCAAAUGGCUAAAAUGGCAAUGAAUGCCAUGCGGAUGCCAAUGAGACCCAUGUCCAUGCCUAUGCCAAAGAAACAGAUGCCGAUGAACGGAGGAGCAAACGGAGCAAGAGGUGGCGCUUCAGAGGGUGCUGGUGCAGCAGGUGGUGAAGGAGCCUCAUCUGGUGGUCCUCCUCCACCCGAUGAUAUCGAGGGAACGGCCGCCGCCCCUGCUGAUGAUCCACUCCCACCUUCAGCUGGAUCUGGAUCCAGUGCUCAAUCUUCUAUGCCUAGAAUGCCCACACCAAUGGUUAUGAUGCCAACCCCGAUGAUGACCCCAAUGACCAUGAUGACAAUGCCAGGUGCCAUGGGAGUUCCAAUGAUGCCAGCACCAGGAAUGAUGCCCGGUGCCAAAGUCAUGAUGCUAGCACCGGGAAUGAUGCCUGGUGCUGGAGGCAUGAUGAUGCCUGGUGCUGGAGGCAUGAUGCAAGCACCAGGAAUGAAGCCUGGAAACGGAGGUAUAAUGAUGCCAGGAGCAGGUCUUACGAUGAUGCCAAUGAUGGCCUUGAUGCCAGGACAAGCAAUGACUCCAGCUGGUGGCAUGAAACCUGCCUCCUCUGGAAUGAUGAGUGGAAGCAGUGCAAUGCCAAUGGUAAUGAUGCCUAUGGGUUCAAUGAUGGGUGCCGGAAUGAUGUCAAUGGGGAUGGGAGGAAAACCAUCACUUAUGCACAAAAGAAGGUACAGGAGAGCGGCGCCCGUUAACGGGUAUGCUCCAAUGCAAGGAAUGAACAUGAACAAUAACAUGGGUACUCCCAACGGAAACACAGGAGCUAUGGGAAAUAUGAACAUGGCAAACGUAAUGAAUACAAUGAAAAUGUCCCAAACAAACCAAAUGGACGAUAUGACAAGACAGAUGAACAACAUGAUGAAUGCAGUCAAGGGUUCACAGAACAUGAACAUGAUGGGCUCACAGAUGGAUGAUAUGAUGAAUCAAAUGAACAUGAAUGCUAAUAAAGGUUCACAGAACAUGAAUAUGAUGGGCUCACAGAUGGAUGAUAUGAUGAAUCAAAUGAACAUGAAUGCUAAUAAAGGUUCACAGAACAUGAAUAUGAUGGGCUCACAGAUGGAUGAUAUGAUGAAUCAAAUGAACAUGAAUGCUAAUAAAGCUUCACAGAACAUGAACAUGAUGGGCUCACAGAUGGAUGAUAUGAUGAAACAAAUGAACAUGAAUGCUAAUAAAGGUUCACAGAACAUGAACAUGAUGGGCUCACAGAUGGAUGAUAUGAUGAAUCAAAUGAACAUGAAUGCUAAUAAAGGUUCACUGAACAUGAACAUGGUGGGCUCACAGAUGGAUGACAUGAUGAAAAUGUCCCAAAUGAACAAAAUGGAUGAUGUGAUGAACCAAAUGAACAACAUGAUGAAUGCAGUCAAAAAUUCACAAAAUAUGAAUACAAUGGGCUCACAGGUGGAUGAUAUGAUGAACCAAAUGAACAUGAUGAAUGUUGGAAAAGGUUCACAGAAUAUGAAUAUGAUGAAUGCUCAAAUAGAUGAUAUGAUGAAAAUGUCUCAAAUGAAUAAAAUGGAUGACAUGACAAAACAAAUGAACAAUAUGAUGAAUGCAGCCAAUAAUGCACAAAAUAUAAAUACGAUGAACUCACAGGUGGAUGAUAUGAUGAAUCAAAUGAACAUGAUGAAUGCUGGAAAAAGUUCACAGAACAUGAAUAUGAUGGGUUCACAGAUGGAUGACAUGAUGAAAAUGUCCGAAAUGAAGAAAAUGGAUGAUAUGAUGAACCAAAUGAACAACAUGAUGAAUGCUGGUAAAGGUUCACAGAAUAUGAAUAUGAUGGGUUCACAAAUGGAUGACAUGAUGAAAAUGUCACAGAUGGAUGAUAUGAUGAAAAUGGUGAACAGGAGGAAUCAAAUGAAUAACAUGAUGACUUCUGCAAAUGGUCAAUCUAACAUGAAUACUAUGAUGGAAGUAGCUAAUGUUAUGAAAAAUGCAAAUAUGGCUCCAAAUAUGAUGAAAAAUGCCAUGAAUAUGAUGCCAAUGCCAAACGAUGACAUGGGUCAAGGUGCUAUGGGGGCUAUAAUGAGGGCCUGUAUGACAAUGAUAAAUGGAAAGAAUAAUGGUAACAUGAAACCAGCAACCAAUGGUGAAAUGAUGCCUCCCAUGCCUGAGCCAGUCUCAAUGAAUGACAUGCCUUCAUCAAUGAAUGGUAUGAACAUGAAUAGUAUGGGACAGGAAACAUCGUCUCCUGCAGAAUCUCAAAUGAAUAAUAUGGGGAAUGGAAACAUGGGAAAUAUGAACAUGAUGCAAUCAUCCAUUGGAAAUAUGAUGCCCCCUAUGCCUGAACCUAUGCCAAUGAAUGGCAACAUGGGUAAUAUGAAUGACAUGUCAUCAUCAAUGAAUGGAGUAAACAUGGGGAAAAUGCAAUCAAAUGGACCUAACAUGAUGCCUAUAAUGCCAGAACAGAUGCCAAUGAAUAAUAUACCAUCUUCAUUGAAUAUGGGAAAUAUGGAAAUGAUGUCAUCUAUGAAUAACAUGAUGCCAAACUCACAACCAGAGAUGAUGCCCACAAUGCCAGAACCUGCUCCAAUGAAUGGUAUGGGAAAUGGUAAUAUGAAUGGUAUGCCAUCAACAAUGAAUGGUGUAAAUAUGGGCAAUAUGAAAAUGAUGUCAUCUAUGAAUAAAAUGAUGCCAAACACUCAACCAGAGAUGAUGCCCACAAUGCCAGAACCUGUUCCAAUGAAUGGAAUGGGAAAUGGUAAUAUGAAUGGCAUGCCACCAACAAUGAAUGGUGUAAAUAUGGGCAAUAUGAAAAUGGUGUUAUCUAUGAACAAAAUGAUGCCAAACACUCAACCAGAGAUGAUGCCCACAAUGCCAGAACCUGUUCCAAUGAAUGGAAUGGGAAAUGGUAAUAUGAAUGGCAUGCCACCAACAAUGAAUGGUGUAAAUAUGGGCAAUAUGGGAACAAUGUCAUCUAUGAACAAAAUGAUGCCAAACUCUCAACCAGAGAUGAUGCCCACAAUGCCAGAACCUGUUCCAGUGAAUGGAAUGGGAAAUGGUAAUAUGAAUGGCAUGCCACCAACAAUGAAUAGUGUAAAUAUGGGCAAUAUGGGAACAAUGUCAUCUAUGAAUAAAAUGAUGCCAAACUCUCAACCAGAGAUGAUGCCCACAAUGCCAGAACCUGUUCCAAUGAAUGGUAUGGGAAAUGGUAAUAUGAAUGGUAUGCCAUCAACAAUGAAUGGUGUAAAUAUGGGCAAUAUGGGAAUGAUGCCAGCAUCAAAAGACAAUAUGAUGUCUGCUAUGCCAGAACCCAUGCCUGUCAACAUGAAUAUGGAUACAAACAACCAAAACAUGGGAAACAUGGGAAUGAUGCAAUCUCAAAUGAAUAAUAUGCCAGCACCUAAUCAACCCAUGCCACCCACUAUGCCUGAACCAAUGCCAUCAAAUAACAUGCCAUCGUCAGUGAAUGGAAUGAAUAUGGGUAAUAUGGGAAAUAUGCCAUCUAUGGAUGGAAAUAGCAUGGGGAAUAUGGGAAUGAUGGCAAACAUACCAUCCAUGAAUGGAAAUAGCAGGGGGAAUAUGGGAAUGCCAUCAUCUAAAGGCAAUAUGAUGCCAUCUAUACCAGAGCCAAUUACAAUGGCAAUGAAUAACAUGCCAACACCAAUGAAUAGAAUGAAUAUAGGUAACAUGGGAAUGUUUUCAACUCAGAUGAAUGGUAUGUCAAAGAUUUCCAAACCCAGAUCUGUCUAUUAGAGGUAAUGUGUGUACCUGUAUUGUACCAAAGAGCUUUCAACUUCUCUACACAACAAAAGGAGCCUUCAUAGUAUUCUAACCCAUGUGUGCAUGAUGUGAAUGUAUAUAUCCCGUUUGUGCCAAUCAAUGUAAAAUGAUUAUCAUUGCUUACAAUGUGUGCUAUAUUGCCAUGUGUACCACUGUUCAUCAAUUUGAACUAUGGCUUUUGUGAAUAAAGCGUUGUUAUUUCUUCU